AUGAAGUUGCACAUUCUAGGACCGGCAUUUGGACUGCCCUCGAUAGACGCAGAAUGCAUUGCGGCCGUAGCUCUGGUAGAGCGGUAUACUCAGGGCAGUGGACAAGCAUGGGCUCUGGUCGCAAGCCAUGAAGCCGCGACGGGCACUCAACUGCCUUUUCUUCAGGUCGGCGACAAGACAUACUCUGGCUUUGACAGGAUAGCUCAGCACCUCAUUGAGGUGUCCGGCGGUAUAGUUCCUGGUCUGGCCACAAAUCUCACAGCCGAACAACAAGCAGAUGCGACAGCCCUCUCCACAUUCAUCAAGUCCGAAGGUCAACUACUGCUCGAUAUCUCGCUAUAUGUCUCGUUCGAAAACUACCGCAACCGCACGCGCUCGGCCUUCACAAAGAUCCUCCCAUGGUACGCCAACUUUGUCAUUCCUCCCCAACGCCGCGACGAAGCCAGACAACGCACACAGAAUCUAGGAGUAUCCAGCGUAGAUGUUGAUGAUAUUCACGAAGAUGUUAUCGAUAAGCCAUCGAGCAUGCAGUCCGAGCAACAGAAAAAGCCUUUCGAGCACGAGACGGAGAAACACGCCAGGAGACUGCUGGGCCGCAGAGACACGGUCCGCACAUUACUACAACAGCCAGAGCACGCUGCUGCUUUCAGGUUGAAUGCUCUAGCCGACAACUUCUUUGAGCCGCUACAAGACUUGCUCAAGAAACAGUCAACCCUUCUGGGUACAGAGGAUCCCGCCAUUGUCGACUGUCUGGCAUUCGGCUACCUGAGCUUGAUGUUCUACCCCAAGAUGCCCCAGAACUGGCUCGCUUCUACCAUGCGACUCAAGUACCAGAAGCUUGUUGUCUACAUUGGCUCCCUCAGAGAUACCCUCCGAAUCGACGCGCACCCCGACGAAGCCUUGAGUGCUGUUUCACAAUCAGAAAAGGGCGCUGCCGAACUCCCCUGGGUGACCCCACAAUGUUUCAGCCCCUUCGCUGUCAUCAGCUAUAUUGGCCAAAGUCUCUUUAACCAUCUUCCUCUGCCGAAGAGCAACGCUGGCUUGGAACAAUUGCCAACCAACCGUCAGCCUAGUCUUCUUCAACAGUACCUUCCAGCAGUGCUCGGGUUGACUUCCACUUCUCUCGCCCUGCUAGGCUUCUGGGCAUAUAACAACCUUACAUGGCCGCACGGCGAAGCCGUCCACUUCUUUGGCAGAAGAAAGUUUGUUGACUACGGUGCUGCUGGUGCCACCCUCUCCGCCCUUGGAAGCUUGGGCAUGCACAUGCAACAGCAACAUCAACAAAGCCAAUCUCCUGUACAGGUUGAUGUAACUGUGGACGAACAGGUUUUGCCGUAG